AUGACGCUACCCCCUCGUGCACCACCUCCAUCGCGCUCCAUGCCCGGCCAAAGCGACGCGGCGGCCCCAGAGCAGAAUGCGCUGCUUCAGCCAACAAGGACUGGUAAGGAUGCCCGCUCUCUGUCUGCGGCCAGCUUAAUGGCGGGGUCGAGAAGCCAGUCUUUCGCGACCUCUGGGCCUCCACCUGGCUCCUUCAGCUCCGAAUUGAGGUCCCAAGUCUCGCGCACCGAGACUCCAAGGCCCGAUUUUGGCUCAUACGCGAGUCUCCUAGAGGAGGACACGGAAACAACGUCGGAGCAGCGGCAAGCAGAAAUACAGGAUCAGAUUGACAAGGAAAUCAAGAUCAAGAUUGGCUCUGAGAACCUGCUGGAGGCUCUCAAUUCCAAAGGAUUCAAACAGACCAAGGACCAGCGACAGAAGGUCGAAGCCGAGCUGAACACCUCAAACAGAAAACUCGCUCAACUCCGUCUUGGUUUAGAGGUUGAGAUUCAGAGGUCCAAGGAUGGGAAGGCGCCGCCCAACAAAACCACCAGCAGGUUGUCCUAUCUGUUUCGCAAUGCACCAUCCCGUUCCCCUUCGCGUAACUUCGGGGUCAGUGAGAAGGAGGAGCCCGAGCCAGAAACAGAAUCGCCUACCUUUGUUCUUGCGGAGAUUCUUCAAGCUUUAGAAGCCGAAUCAAUGCAACCAGAAUACUACGUGGAUCAGCUGAACUCACUCGUCGAGCUAUUUAAGCGGCAUCCGACCCUCAAAUAUGAUCUGGCAUGGUCUGUGUUUGGCCUACGAAUGCAAACGAUGCUUCUAAGCGACAGUCGUGAAGUAGUAGCUGCUGGGUAUAGAGUCGUCAGAUACGCCAUUACAGACCGAAAGUCUCUGCAGAUAAUUCGAUCUCUGAAUACCGACUUCCUGGUCAUUCUUUCACUCGUCAAAGCUAGCAAGGCCAGUGUCGAGCGUGAACAGGCGCUUAAGUUUGUUAGGGCUUUUCUUGACGUCAAAGGUGGAGUUCAAGAGAUCUCCCGUGCCGUCCUUCGGAUCAUUGUCGCAGUAGCUGAGCAUACCGAUGAUCGGCUGAGAAGCAUGUGUGUUCUUACCUUGGCCGAAAUUCUUGUGCGGCACCCAGAUCUGCUGGUCUCUGCGGGUGGGAUGGGAACGCUUGUUGAUGCUCUCGGAGAAGGCAACUAUCCUGCAGCGGAGAGUCUUACGGGAUCGUUCCUAUUCCUCUUAGACACACCACGGAGACGGAAAUUUCUACGGUCUGGGCAUGAACUUGAGGUACCCUUUGCAAUCUUCACUGAUUCCGCCGCGAUUCAUGGACAUUUGCACGAAGAGAAGCUCAAGGCUAACGCGAAGGUUAUCGCAACAUUGCUGCGGAGCUGGCCUGGACUGUUGACGCUUUGUAUGAACAAUUUCCUAGCCGUCAGGUCUCUCUUAUCUUCGUUAUACAUUCCGACACCACACGUCCGGAACGUCUUGUUGGAACUAUUGUUCGAUAUACUGAGGAUAAAACCCCCUUCCUGGUCUUCGUCGUUCCUGGCUGGUCGGAGACUGACAACCUACGGACGAGUUACGAAUCUCAAGAAUGAGCAGAGUAGGGAUAGCCCCACAGCAGAGCCAGAGGAUGUCACUAAUCGAUGGAAUCUCAUCGAUCACUACAUUGCCGUCGUCCUGGCAGUUCUUUUGCAUUCAGGACUUUUACCCGCUUUGCUCCACGCCGAGGAGGAUGCAUUGACUCUAGCUUUGAAGAGGAAGACUACAUUGCUAUUAGGCGAGGUCUUGAAGAUGGCGAACGAACUACUUCCGCCCUCAUGGAGCGCCGAACUACAAGUGCUCCCUCAGCUCGUUCGGAACGCUGCUAAAUUCGAUAUGGAGGAGCGUUUUAUUGCUACCGGGACCAUCUACCAAGUGGAUAGCGUUAACAGAACGCUAUAUCGAUCGGGCCCAACCACAUUCCAAAACACGAAAUCGAACAGUAAUAAAGAGUCCGAACCGAAUUCGCGCCCUUCGGAUCAGUCGAAACUUCAAGCCGGUAUGCAAAUGGAUGAGUCUUCGUUCCGUGCUUUAAUGGGAGACAGCCAAGUUCUAGCCACUGUCAACUAUGGCAAAUGGAGAUGGGACCUAAUUCAAGCUAUCAUUGAAUCUCCUCUACUUAAUCCCAAACGGUUGGACGAAGCCCUGAAAACCUCAAAAUGGGUUCAUCGCGUACUGGGAUUCUACCGGCCAUUCAAGUACAGGUUCUGUGAGGUCAAGAAUACAAAGCCGAAUCAAAGAUAUGUCAGAGCUGGCUCUGCUCUGGUUCUCAGCCUCCUUCAGAAUCCCGAAGGCGUCAAAUAUCUGGCAGAAAGCAAGCUCAUUAGGCAGCUUGCUGAAUGCCUUUCUCAUUUUGACAGAAUGAGUGGUCUCACCUCCGAGCUACCCUUGUUCACCGAGCAGCGAAUGGAGAACAGUCUCACCGGGGGGUAUUUCGCCAUUCUCGGAGCUCUUACCAAGGAUCCCAAAGGAUUACAGAUUCUGGAGAGGUGGAAGAUUAUCAACAUGUUUUAUCACAUAAUCGAGCUCGGGGAUCGCGAUGACAUGAUUCGAGCAUUGCUUAGCAACAUGGACUACACUCUCGACGGACAUCUUCGCAUCAUAAUCUCCAAGGCCAUGACGUCGUGCUCGAAACAGAUCCGGAUUUUCUCAACGAGGCUCCUUCGGAAAUACGCUACGAAAUCCAUGCAAGCCACGGACUCUGCCGGUGCAACAAGCGGAAUCGCGGAAUGGGCAAUCCGACUGCUUGUCACGCAACUCUAUGAUCCAGAAAUCGAGGUCUGUGAGGUUGCAAUCAAGAUUCUUGAGGAAACCUGUAACCAGAAAAAUUCUCUGGAGUAUGUAGUGAAAUGCCGACCAGCGCUAGACCAUCUAGGUGAAAUCGGCGCACCACUUCUCCUUCGAUUUUUGUCUACUUCGGUAGGGUAUCAUUAUCUAGAUGGACUGGACUACAUCACGAAGGAGAUGGACGACUGGUUCCUAGGACGCAACGACACUUACGUAGGCCUGAUCGAGGCGUCAAUGGCGAGAGGGUUAGCAGAUAUUUCCGAAAAACCACAACCGCAAAUGUCUUACGAUGACACUCCUGAACACCAGGAGUACGGUCUGGUGCCACCACACUUCUAUCGGGAACUCACUCGGACUGAAGAAGGCUGCAAGCUCUUGGAACACAAAGGACAUUUUGACGAAUUCGUAACCACUAUCCGAGAGUUUGGUAUGGAAGACGACGAUUCUGAAACCAUACUGAAAGUGAAGGGCUGCCUGUGGGCGGUAGGUAACGUCGGAUCUAUGGAGCUUGGGGCCCCAUUCCUUGAGAGUUCUGAUGUCGUGAAAUGGAUUGUUCGCAUCGCAGAGACCUCCGAAGUAAUGUCCUUACGAGGCACUGCGUUCUUUGUGCUGGGGCUCAUUUCCAGGAGCCUCCACGGGCAAGAGAUACUCAUCGAAUAUGGCUGGGAUGGAGUAGUGAACGAGAUGGGUGAAGCUCUUGGCUUCUGCAUCCCGCUUGACUUCAAGAAGCUAUUCACGAUCAAGCCAUGGGUUGCAGUGCCAAAAGAUCUCGGGUCGUGGAAGCAAACUGAAGUUAAAGUAGCUGUCACAGAUGACGAUCCGUUGAACGCCAGGAUACUGAAACUAACGACUGAUCUCGGGAAUACCGUCCUGGCCAAAAAGGCCCGGACCGACUUGCAUGCAAUCAAAGUAAAGAAGGCGUCUGGGUUCCAAAAGCCGGCACUGUUCUACAAGGUCAUGGAAGUCCUCGAAUCGCAUCACUUCGGUCUCAACGUGUGCCUGUUUGUGUUCAAUCUCUUCGACAAAAGAGUGUUGCGACAGAUUGUGUUGGAAGAAGAGGACGAUUCAGACGACAGCGAGUCUGAAUCGGAAGACGAAGAACCAGAUAACGGGAUGCCGGGCUUCCAGGCCGGAUAA